AUGGCUAUGCUGGGAUAUGGUGCACUUGCUGCUCUUGGAGGUGCGAUUUUCUAUGCGAAUCUUCCGACGAAACUGACCAUCGGCGCUGUUGUUCCGACAGCAGCUUACCUUGCUAAAGCGAAAUUGAUUCCAAUCUUCGACGAGGCCCAUGUCGAUGAAAAAAUAGCAGUACAGGCUUCUUCUUUAUUCGACAAGGGACCAACUAUGGUGAUGGCGGUGCGUCGACCCGGCUGUAUGUUCUGUCGCAAGGAGGCGGCUGCCCUUAGUACACUCGAGCCGGAUAUGAAAUCAGCCGGCAUUAACCUGGUCGCUGUUGUCCACGAAACAAAGUCGGCAACGAAUUCAAGCCGUAUUUCAAUGGGUCGGGGACGUACUACUUUGACAAGAGGAGUUUAUCUAGUUGUAAAUAACGAGCUAGUUUAUUCGCAUCUGGAAAAGGGAAUGGGGAGAUGCGGUCAACAUCGACGAAGUUCGAGAAGCCAUCCACAAGCUCAAGUAAAGCCCCAAUGUGACAGCUUCCCCGUUGAUCGUUCACUUGAGACCAUGAGAGUUCAUUGA